AUGCGGUCGCCAGAGCUUUCAAGAGAUAUGAGAAUGGUUCUCAGGGAGGAGAGGACAAAUCUCAGUCCAGAACACCAACCGAAAUAUCAAGAAACCCCCGCAAGAAAACGCCCAAGAAUCACUUUCGGCGUGGAGUUUGAGUUCAACAUAGCGUACAAGCAGAGCGGCGAAGAUCCCGAUAGAAAGGAACCCCGUCCAAUUCGUGGAAUAGUCCUAAAGGAUCGAGAUUUUGACGACCCGAGGUGGGAGAACACCCCAGUGAAGUUUCCCGAGGCAUGGGAACAUGUUGCUGAAACGUUGAGAGCGGCUGGAAUCUCUGCCAGGAAUAAAUGGGAUACUACGAGGGAACCCAUGGAGGACUGGAUUGUCAAGUCAGAUAUCUCCGUCGGUGCCCAACUCAAGUCCUAUAGCUUUUUGGGUAUCGAGGUGACCUCUCCACCUUUAUAUGAUUGUAAAAAAUCUAGAAUGCGGGUUGCGAGCGUCUGCUCGGUAUUGUGCAAUAAGUAUAGGAUUAUUUGCAACUCUUCUACGGGGUUGCAUUGUCAUGUAGCUUUUGGGAGGCUAUGUUACUCGCCACGCACGCUCACCAAUCCAAUGGCGGUAUGUUGGGCAUUUACAGACAGGCUUGAGCUAAUUCAUCCGAUCACACGACGAGCUGGACGUGGAAAUGCUUUCUACUGCGAAAGUAUGCGAAUAAAUUCGGUUCUCGCAAGGACACUCGAGGAACAAAGGGGGAUAAUAUGUCAACUCCCGGAAGGGGUCGAAGCAGGCUUGAGACAGAUUUUGGCACACAGGAAUGAUAGAGAUCAUACAGCCAUCUGGAACUUGACGCGCAACAUGGAUAGGCAAAAGCUGGCUUGCAAUAAUUCAAACCUUGCGGGCCUCACAGAGGGCAUGAAGGUACCGACGAUAGAAUUUCGCCAACACGCAGGAACACUGGGUCCGGAAAGAGUCACUGCCUGGACCAGAGUGGCUUGUCGUCUGGUUGAGUUUGCGGACAAAAUUGGAUCCGCAGAGCUUGAUGCGUUCCUUUGGAAGUACCGUAACAACCGAGAUUUUACUGUACUCGAUCUUCUCAAAGCACUUGAUCUACCCAAACAGGCCGCUUACUACAAUAAGUGGUUUGAAGAACACUGUCAAUGGCUCAGUAACGAUAGAUCCUUCUGUUUCCCCCCAGUCUGCUCGAAAAUCGCAAACCAGCUCGUCCGAUAA